AUGUCCCUUCACUAUUGCCGAGACCACGGGAUGAACAGCAUCUCUCGAUUUCUGCGCAAAAUCACCAUCGAUAUGAGUUACACCUUCCGACACUGGCGUAGGCACCAGCGGGCCACGCGGCACCUGUUGCUUUGGACGCCUUCGAAGAUCAUAAAGUCGGACAACAUUCGUCGAUUGAUUUUUCCAGACUUGGCUCUCAUUGGCGCGACAUCCAGUUUCAUUUGCUACUACAAUGUUCACGCAGACUUCGUCGCAAGUGUUCUGAAUCAGAGCUUCGACGUGGCACUGCCAAGCUUGCUUUCACUUCCGGUGGAGUGUUUUACGCUGACUUCUGUGGCACUGGGCUUGCUGGUGACUUUCAAGACUCAGACAAGCUACCAGCGGUUUACUGAAGGUCGCUCCCUGUGGGGGUUGCUCAUCAAUGAGUCCCGGGCCAUGGCAAGUCGCAUCAUGGCUCGAGUGCCCUCCACGACAGCGACAGGUAUGUUGUCCUCGGACGUCGCAGACGGGAAGAUGUAUGCGGUCAAGCUUAUCAGGACACUGCCGGUGGUGCUGAAAUACCACCUGACCGAGGAUGGAUGCAAUCCACAUAUCGAAAUAAAGCAAUGGACAUCGGACCAUCAAAUCCGACAAGCAACUACCGCAGCGUUGAGAUGUGAGCUGCAACAACUUUGGAAUCCGUAUGAUGACAAGCAGAAGAGCUUCACCGAGCGAUUGGUGGAGGCGGACAUAGCAAAUCGCCCAUUGUACGUGUUGCACGAGCUGCAGCACACUAGUGCGAAUAUCUUUUCCCAACCAUCUCUGGGAGGACUAGAUCCAGUUGCAGCGACGGAGAUGGAUCGCAGCCUCACCACGUUUCACAACGUCCUUGGCGCGUGCGAGAAAAUCCUUCGAACGCCAAUCUAUACGCCAUAUACAAGGUUUACCAGCCGCUUUUUGUUCAUGUGGUGUAAUUUCCUGCCUCUAGCGAUGUAUCCAGUGGCUGGGCCGGUUCUGACGGUACCAGUGACUCUGGUGACCAGUUUCUUUAUGCUUGGCAUUGAGGACAUUGGCUCACGAGUCGAGCAACCCUUCAAUGUCUUGCCAUUGUGGCAAUAUUGUCAAACAAUUGACCAGUCCUGCUUGCAGAUUGUCAGGCAUCAUGAUCUAUUAGAAGAAGUCGAUCACACUGGCGAUGAGGAGGAUUUGGACGAAUUUGACUGGGAUGUGGAAUCACUGGGGUCUUAUGUUGACCCUUUGGCGACCAGCCACAAGAAAAUCUGA